AUGCGUGAGUGCAUCUCCGUCCACGUUGGUCAAGCUGGUGUCCAAAUAGGAAACGCUUGUUGGGAACUUUACUGCCUUGAGCACGGUAUCCAGCCUGAUGGUCAAAUGCCAUCCGAUAAGAGCGUUGGAGUGUGUGACGACUCCUUCAACACCUUUUUCUCCGAGACCGGCUCUGGUAAACACGUUCCUCGUACAGUCUUCGUCGAUUUAGAACCCACUGUCGUGGAUGAAGUCCGCAAUGGUACCUACCGUCAAUUGUUUCACCCUGAGCAAUUGAUUACCGGCAAAGAAGAUGCUGCGAACAACUACGCUCGUGGACAUUACACGAUCGGAAAGGAGAUUGUCGAUGCGGUAUUGGACAGGAUUAGAAAAUUGGCCGAUAACUGUACCGGAUUGCAAGGAUUCUUGGUCUUCCACUCGUUUGGUGGUGGUACGGGAUCCGGAUUUGGUGCCCUCUUGUUGGAAAGAUUGUCAGUUGACUAUGGCAAGAAAUCCAAGUUAGAGUUCUCUGUCUAUCCCGCUCCCCAGGUCUCCACAGCCGUUGUCGAACCGUACAACUCCAUCCUCACUACUCACACAACUUUGGAGCACUCUGACUGUGCUUUCAUGGUAGAUAACGAAGCUAUCUACGACAUCUGCAGGCGCAACCUUGACAUCGAACGACCAACGUACACCAAUCUUAAUCGUCUCAUUGCUCAAGUCGUUUCCUCCAUUACGGCUUCUCUGCGUUUUGAUGGUUCUCUCAAUGUCGACUUGACUGAAUUCCAGACCAAUCUUGUCCCCUAUCCUCGUAUCCACUUCCCGUUGGUUACUUAUGCCCCCGUGAUUUCAGCCGCAAAGGCUUAUCACGAACAACUCACUGUUGCCGAGAUCACCUACGCCUGUUUCGAACCUCAUAACCAGAUGGUCAAGUGCGAUCCUCGUCACGGAAAAUAUAUGGCCUGCUGUCUCUUGUACCGUGGUGAUGUCGUUCCAAAGGACGUCAACAACGCUAUUGCUACUAUUAAGACCAAACGUACCAUCCAGUUUGUAGACUGGUGUCCUACCGGAUUCAAAGUCGGUAUUAACUAUCAACCACCAACUGUUGUGCCUGGUGGUGAUUUGGCGAAAGUGCAACGCGCUGUGUGUAUGUUGUCUAAUACCACUGCCAUUGCUGAAGCUUGGGCCCGUCUGGAUCAUAAAUUUGAUUUGAUGUAUGCCAAACGUGCUUUCGUCCACUGGUAUGUUGGUGAAGGUAUGGAAGAAGGUGAAUUCUCGGAAGCCCGUGAGGAUUUGGCUGCCUUGGAGAAGGAUUAUGAGGAAGUGGGAACCGACUCUGUGGAAGCAGAAGAAGAGGAACCCGAUGAAUAUUAA